GGUCCAUUGUUCAUAAAUUUGGCAUUCCGUAUAAUAGCCAAGGUCAAGCCUUGGUUGAGCGAGCAAAUCAAACAUUAAAAACAGCUCUCAAUCGAUAUUUAAAUGAAAAGGGGAAAAUCGCCCCUGGCCUCCCAGCAGUGCAAAACAUCCUUAACUUGUGCCUUUAUACACUGAACUUUUUAAAUCUGACGGGCGAUCCACCAUCAACAGCUGCCUCUCGUCAUUUUUCAACAGUCCCUCCCCCUACUUCAAGACCUCCAGUCUACUAUCGACGGCUUCCAGACCCCACGUGGAAAGGUCCUGCAGAGCUUAUCACCUGGGGGAGAGGCUACGCUGCAGUAGAUGAUCAUGGCAAAAUCAUUUGGACUCCAGCUCGCUGUGUUCGCCCUUAUUUGGUUCAAUCUCCACCAUCCUAACCAGACAUCAGAUGACCAUGGACCCUGGGCCCACAACUCUUUUAUGAAAGAUGUGCAGAAUAUUUCUCGCCUUUUGAACAAGACUGAGUGUUGGAUGUGCAUGCAUAUUCCAACCCUGGAGGAGGGGGGACUUUUUAUGCAUGCGGUGCCUUUUAAUACAACUGGUUGGAAACAAUUUCCUUGGUCUAGAGGGACUCUUUCCAAUGCUAUGGUGAAUUAUACGGUAUAUACAAUAGGAAGCAGAAUCCAGGAAAAAGCAGCGUUUUGUUGGGAAUAUAAGAACACUGCUAAAAACUCUGUUUUAGUAGGCAGAUACCCAUAUUGUAACAUCACAUUUCAACUUUCAAACAACAUGACUAGACCACAUCCAUUUAAGAAAAUUCCUCUUUUUGAACCCCUCGAUGACUUUUCUGAUUAUAUGUGUACCUAUCAAAUAACUGGAUGCUCGCUAUCAACAGGAUGUCACCCCGGCAACACAGACACGAUGUCCACACUCUUCCUUUGCAGUAUUGUAAGAGCCAUGGCUCGCCAAACUGUGCAAAGCUCCAACACGACUACAAAUAUAUUAAGUAAUGUAUGGAUGCUUUGUGGCCGGCGGGCAUAUCAACGUAUACCCCCACGGUGGUCUGGCCGUUGUACAUUGGGCUUUCUUGCUCCCUCAGUUUUUGUUUCAGAUCAGCCACCUUCAGGCCGUUUGCGCAAUCGAAGAGAUCUAGAAAAUGGCCUGGGAGGACCUGGCAGUACAGGAACGCAAAUUGCAUGAUCUAUAUUUCCAUCUAUGGGGGUAGCCAUGAAUUACAGAGACAUCUAUGCAUUAAAUAACUGGACUAUGCACAUGUUCAACGCUACCAUUCAGACUACCAAAUUGUUAAACAAGGAAGUGGCAGAAAUACGAGAGAUUGUUCUACAAAACCGUUAUGCUUUAGACAUUAUCCUUGCCUCGAAAGGAGGAGUAUGUGCCUUAAUCCAUUCUCAUUGUUGUGUUUAUAUCUCUGAUUACAAAGCCAAUAUCACAGGUACCAUUGAGCAUAUGGAAGACAUGGUUCGUCAUGAUCCAUUACAAUCUGACGGAUCUGGCGCAAUAAACAUUUGGGAUGCCCUAUGGUCUUGGUUACCUGACGGAACCUGGCUGCGAUCUUUAGUUUCUGGAACUGUCACCCACCAACAGGUCAAUUUAGUAACUACACCUAUCACUGCAGUUCAGCAACCCUUGCUAACUAAACCAGCCUUCACUUUGCCAAGCGACACUGAGGAUGACUUCCUAUAAAGCGCAACCUCCUUAUUUUUUAAAUAAAACAGAAAAGUAGGAGAUGUUGG